CCAAGACAGAAAAAUGAACACCUAAGACGUAACGUGACUUCAUAUAUCUAUAUAUAUGCAUGAAAUCCCAUCUUUUAAAUUUAUACGUUUAAAUCAACCAAAAUAUGUACAAACUCACGCUUUGUAUACUAACUCUGAGUUUUCUUUUGUUAUCUGGAUUAUCAAAUACGGUAUUAGCCCGAGUACAAUAUGAAUCUCCAAGCCAAAGGAACAAAAUAGGAAAAGAAGUUUGGGAUCAAACACUAUUAAGAGAUCUCAAGAUCGGUGCAUCAGGCAGUAAUUCAGGGAGAGCUCCUUCAUGUAAUAAUAGUUGUAAACCUAACCGGCCUUAACAAAAAAAAAAAAAAAAAAAAAAAAAUCUGUGUCAAGUUGAUCUAAUUUGGGAAAGUCAAUGACAUAUUAAGAUAUGUAUCUUACGCUUCAAGCUGAACCUUUCGACCUAUUCUCUCCUGUUAGAUUACAUUUUGAUCGAUUUCAUAAUCUUCUUUCUCUUUUCAUGAUUGAUAUUUGAUAGCAAUAACUAACGCUUAAUACCACUUGUUCAAAUGUG